UUACACUCACUCAUUCACUCACGGCCUUGACACAGGAGGAGCAAAGCUCAGCAUCUUCAGACUCAGCUUCUCCUGGUCCAAACCAACGACGACUGCAGUCAUGAAUGUGGGGAUCUGUGUGUGUGUUCUCCUGGCUGCUCUGUCAAGUGGUUCUCUGAGUCUGCCCUCACAGUCAACCAGGGCUGAGGUUGAGGCUCUCAUGUCAGACAGCCCACCUCCCCCAUCGCCCAACCACACACGCCUGGCUCGUUCAGCUGCAGCGCCCCCCUCAGGACGGCUCGCCAACUACAACCAAGACACAGACUCCAAGAACAGCUUGAGCCAACUGCUGGCCAGACUCAUCUCCAGGAAAGGUUCUUCCUACCAGACCAGAUCAUCCCUCACCAGCAGAGCCAGCGGUCUGUCCCCGAGCCACAGGAUAAAGGACAGAGAUUAUCUCGGAUGGAUGGACUUUGGGCGACGCAGUGCAGAGGAGUAUGAAUACUCCUCCUAAUGGAGCUGCAGCCACCCCAAACCCACCAAUAAAAAGCUCACAAAAAUAAAGAGCCCUUUUCACACUGCACUUAACCGUUUACCCAGGGCCGAUUUAAUCUUAAUAUCAGUGUAUCAUCAAACAAUAAACAGAGAGUAAAGUCAUUUAGCAAAAGGGCACAAAGCAAUCUCUGCCCUGCACUCAACUUCCCUAAAGUGCUCCAACAGCAGUACAGUUAAACAUUAAACCUAAUGGAAAAAGGCUGAUAAUAUUCUGUAUUUUUCAUAUGUCAAGAAUUUCUAUGAAAAGGUUAAACCCAGUUGCGUGUUAGUCCAUCUCUUAGCAGGUUCUGACCCCGCACUCCUGAAGAUUCAGAUGUUUGGCCAAGAAGAUAAAUAUACACUUUUAUUCCGAAAGAAAAGUUUAUGUAUAUGCCUAAAACAAAGUUGUAGUUUUCAACCCAUGUUACUCAAGGACAAAUAAAUAGUGUUUUUGUUUGUGGGGGGAUUUUAAGAGGUGGAUUAAUACAGAUUUGGUGUUUACAGUAACAAUAUGUAUGUGUGACUGAAAUAGAAGUUUAUAUACAGAGGAAUACACUAUGUCAUCAUUUGUCCACACAGUAAAAAUCAAUUCACUGCCAUAAUUACCAGACUGGAUUUAUCCUUUAAGACCAAAUGGUAUUAACAGCUCAACAUUGUGCAAAUAGCAACAUCUAAUAGAAUCAUAAUGAUAAUAAUUAAUAGUUAUCCUCACCAACAAUAGCGUACUUAUCCCAGGGAGAAAGAUUAAUGUGUCAAAAGUGGAAAUGUCUCGUUUCCCCGACUGUGCAGAAUGUUUGUGAGGCUUUCAGUUGGACCUUAAUGAGCUUCUACAUUGUCUUUGGCAAAAUUAAGCGAAGCAAGAAUUAAAUCUGUAUUUUUGAUUAGCACUUUGUCUAAAACCCUGUGCAUUUAGAGAAUUAGAUUUGGAGACAGUUAAAGUCUGCUGAAGGAAACCCUGGGCUAAAAAUGUGCAGUGUGAAAAAAGCACAAGAUUCGUUUUUGGAAAGCACAAGGAGUCGUUUCAAUCAUUGCUUAAUGGACUUUAAAAAUCAGGAUUACACGUAUACUGUAGAUAUGAAUAGAAUAGA